GGUUAAAUUUGGGUUUUGGGGUGGUUUUGGUGGGAUUUGGGGUGGCCGACCGCCACGGGGGGCUCAAACGGGGGGAUCAGCUCCUGAGCGUCAACGGCGUGAGCGUGGAGGGGGAGCAGCACGAGCGCGCCGUGGAGCUGCUGAAGGCGGCGCAGGGCUCGGUGAAGCUCGUGGUCCGGUACACGCCGCGCGUGCUCGAGGAGAUGGAGGCGCGAUUCGAGAAACUGCGCACGGCGCGGCGCCGCCAGCACAACAGCUACUCGUCGCUGGAAUCGAGGGGGUAGAACCCCCCCAGGAGACCCCAAAGACCCCCGGGACCCCCCCAGGACCCCCCAAAAUGCCCCAGGAGCCCCCCUGGGACCCUCCAAAGUCACCUGGGACCCCCCCAAAGUCACCCAGGACACCCCCAGAGUGCCCUGGGACCCCUCAAAGACCCCUGGGAUCCCCCAGGACCCUCCCAGGACACCCCAAAAUCCCCUGGGACCCCUCUGGGACCCCCCCAGGACACCCCAAAAUUCCCCAGGAUCCU